AUGAUUGGUUGCAGCUCGUCAGAGAUCGCGAGGUUUUGUGAAUGGAAGAAGUGUCAACAGCGACAGCAGCAGCAGUGGGGAGUGGGGACACCAGCCUCUCAAAUAUUGCUGCUGAGCUCCUGCAGGACUUCAGUGAUGGGGGACGACCGGCCUUUUGUGUGCAAUGCCCCUGGGUGUGGGCAGCGAUUCACAAACGAGGACCACCUGUCCGUCCACAAACAUAAACACGAGAUGACGCUAAAGUUUGGCCCGGCGCGAACGGACUCCGUCAUCAUCCAAGACCAAACACCGACUCCCACACGUUUCCUGAAGAACUGUGACGAGGUCGGAUUAUUCAACGAGCUCGCCACUUCGUUUGAGCAAGAGUUCACUAAGACGCACGAUGAGGAGCACCGGACCAAAGCUAUGCCUGCACCUUUACAAACACCCUCAGACGUCAAAGACGAAGACGACAGCCCGUUACAGGUGGACUCCUCGGCUCCCGGGAGUCCAGACUCCUCCUCCAGUAUGUCGGACAGCUCCAGAGGCACAAAGGAGAUCCUCCAGAAGCCUGUGGUCUCCUCAGCUCCCACUCCCACCAUCGUGCGCCCAGGGUCUCUGCCUCUUCACCUGAGCAGCGAACACUUCCAGCCCACGCUCCCCUCUCCCACCUCCGUCAUCACACAGGCCCCGCCCUCCAACCGAGCGCUCGGGUCUCCAACCAGCGCCUACCCGCUCAUGAGGCACCUCCCCAACGGACAGACUGUUCCCCUGCUGCCCAGUCCUCAGAUGACCUCAGUAAUAUCUCUCGCCCGGCCUUCCCCCACAGUGCCUAACGUCCCUGGGAUCCCCGGACCUCCUCUCGGGGGAGGCAGCAGCGGCUCAUCCUCUCCGUCCGGAUACAGUCUACAUUCAGAGGCCAAGAUGAGGUUAAAAGCAGCGUUGAGUAAUCAGAGCUCCAGUUCUGACGGAGGCUCGUUCCCUUCUGUGCCCCAAAGACAAGAACAAAGCCAUCAACCCAACCAGAACUCGGACGCCCCCUCGCCCGCACAGCCACAGGUGUCUCCCGCUCAGCCCACUGGGGGGCGCCGACGCCGCGCCUCAGAGAUGGACCCAGACGAGAGGAGGCAACGCUUCCUGGAGCGGAACAGAGCUGCGGCUUCACGGUGUCGACAGAAACGAAAACUGUGGGUGAACUCUCUGGAGAAGAAGGCGGACGACAUGGCCUCCAUGAACAUCUCACUAACGAAUGAGGUUACUCUGUUGAGGAACGAGGUGGCGCAGCUCAAACAGUUGCUGUUGGCGCAUAAAGACUGUCCGGUGACGCUCAUGCAGAAGAAGGCCGCCAUGCUAGCCCCGGGGGGAUCCGAAGAGCCUGCUCCGUCCGCGGUCAUACAGGCUUCCAGCCCCAGCCCCAGUCCCAGCCCAGUCCCCACCAUCAACGGCAUGAGCGUGAGGGCCGCGGAGGCUGUGGCGAUCCUGGCAGGCAUGGGCUCGGGACAGGGGGUCCUCAUGGCCGCGCACUCGCCCUCGCCUGCGCACAGAUGA